CUCUCUUUUUCUCUCUCUCAGACUCAGAACUCACAAAAUCUGCUCCAGAGUCUUCCUCAGAAACGAAGAUGAUUGCAACACUCAAAGCCGAAGAUCAAGGCCAGUUACAGCUCAUGGAGCGCGAAGAAAUCGAUGACGAAGAAGAUUUGUUUGAAGCGAUCGACAAAUUGAUUGCUCAGGGAAUCAAUUCCGGAGAUGUGAAGAAGCUUCAAGAUGCAGGGAUCUACACCUGCAAUGGCUUAAUGAUGCAUACAAAGAAGCACCUGACUGGAAUCAAAGGCUUAUCUGAGGCCAAAGUUGACAAAAUCUGUGAAGCCGCUGAGAAGAUUGUGAAUUAUGGUUAUAUUACUGGAAGCGAUGCUCUUCUCAAAAGAAAGGCAGUGGUCCGCAUUACAACUGGAAGCCAAGCCUUAGAUGAACUCUUAGGCGGUGGAAUUGAAACAAUGGCGAUUACUGAAUCUUUUGGAGAAUUUCGGUCUGGGAAAACACAGCUUGCACAUACUCUAUGCGUUUCUACCCAGCUUCCUACCAACAUGAGGGGAGGAAAUGGAAAGGUUGCUUACAUUGAUACUGAGGGAACUUUCCGACCUGAUCGAAUUGUACCCAUAGCUGAAAGAUUUGGCAUGGAUCCAGGAUCUGUCCUGGACAAUAUCAUUUAUGCACGUGCAUAUACAUACGAGCAUCAGUACAACCUGCUUCUUGGUUUGGCUGCAAAGAUGGCUGAAGAACCAUUUAGACUUCUGAUUGUGGAUUCAGUGAUUGCACUCUUUCGAGUGGAUUUCACAGGACGAGGAGAACUUGCAGAGCGCCAGCAAAAGUUGGCACAGAUGCUCUCCAGAUUAACAAAGAUAGCCGAGGAAUUUAAUGUUGCCGUCUACAUGACCAAUCAAGUCAUAGCUGACCCAGGAGGUGGAAUGUUCAUAUCGGAUCCAAAGAAACCAGCGGGUGGGCAUGUGCUUGCUCAUGCGGCUACAAUAAGACUGAUGUUCAGGAAAGGCAAAGGUGAACAGCGUGUCUGCAAGGUGUUUGAUGCCCCAAAUCUGCCCGAGGCUGAAGCUGUAUUUCAGAUAACACCAGGGGGCAUUGCAGAUGCGAAGGACUAAGCUUACGGCCCUUCUGCAGCUCUAAAAGUGGCAAUAUGGUGGAAUAUACAUUUUCCUAAUAUCUACUUACUGUAGUUUACUUUAAAGUUGUAAAUCAUGAAUGCUAUAACCUGUUGGCUCUAAAAGUGGCAAUAUAGUGGAAUAUACAUUUUCCUAAUAUCUACUUACUAUAGUUUACUUUAAAGUUGUAAAUC